GUUCUGCUCCCUGGCGGUGGGCCCCACGGGCCGUGUCCGGCGAGUACACGUGUUGUCUCCCCACCCUGGGCUCCAUAACUUCGAGCACGGAGGGAUUGCCAUCCUCUACACCCAUGCACCCACCCCAGCCUCCAGGCCUGGCUGGUCCUGCUGGCCCAGUACCUCCUGACCCUCCACAGCAGCCUCAUGCAGGAGUGGAGGAAGCGGCCUGGGCCGCCAGCGCCCUGACCUUCCUGCUGGUGGUGCUGACACUCGCCAUCCUGUACACCCGUCUCCACCGCAAAUUCCGAAAGAGCCAGAGCCUGUACUGGGCCCCGAGCGACGCGGGGCAGGAGCCCCUGGCCGCUCUUCUCAAGAGGCGGCUCCUGUCGGCCCACAGCAGGCGCAAGAAGCGGCAGCGGCCCCAGCAGAGACGGCUGCUGCUCCAGGGGCCCUCGAGUGAGAGCUCCGACUAGCUCCCCUGGGGGCAGCACGGGGGCAUAGGCCUGGGUGGAGGGGCUAUGCGGCCGGGGGCAGCUCACACUUUCUGCUGAAUAAAGUGGUUUAGGAGCAUU